AUAAUUUCAAGCUUUCUUGCGAAAGGGUUCUCUUCCUUUCCCUUUAUUUCUUCUUUCUUCGCAUCUCUCCGCACUUCACUUCGCAUCACUUCCGCACUCCAUCUCUCUCUCUGUGAAACGAUGGGAGAUAGCCAGUAUUCGUUUUCUCUCACCACUUUCAGUCCUUCUGGGAAGCUCGUUCAGAUCGAAUAUGCCUUAAUGGCAGUCGGUUCUGGCCAGACAUCUCUUGGGAUUAAAGCUGCCAAUGGUGUGGUUAUUGCGACUGAGAAGAAAUUACCAUCGAUCUUGGUAGAUGAAACAUCUGUUCAAAAGAUCCAAUCUUUGACGCCAAAUAUUGGAGUUGUAUACAGUGGCAUGGGUCCUGAUUUUCGAGUUCUGGUCCGGAAGAGUCGGAAGCAGGCACAACAAUAUUACAGACUGUACAAAGAACAGAUUCCUGUUACACAACUUGUUAGAGAAACAGCAGCUGUUAUGCAGGAGUUCACUCAAUCUGGUGGUGUAAGGCCUUUUGGAGUUUCACUGCUCGUCGCUGGGUUUGAUGCCGAUGGUCCCCAAUUAUAUCAGGUGGACCCAUCAGGAUCAUACUUCUCGUGGAAAGCUUCUGCGAUGGGGAAGAAUGUCUCUAAUGCAAAGUCAUUUCUUGAGAAGAGGUACACUGAUGAUAUGGAGCUUGAUGAUGCAGUGCAUACAGCGAUUUUGACUCUAAAAGAGGGGUUUGAAGGACAGAUUUCAGGAAAAAACAUUGAAAUUGGGAUUAUUGGCACUGAUGGAAAUUUCAGAGUUUUGACUCAAUCUGAAGUCGAGGAUUACUUGGGUGAAGUGGAGUAGUUGGUUCUUCACUACAUCCUCAAUCGUGUUUUAUUGUAAUUGCUUCGCAUCCUUCUCACAUUUUUUCCAACUUAAUCUAUUCUGCAAGGAGCUGAUUUUCAUAUGGUUUUAACAGUUGAAAUCUCAUGUUUUUUAGCUAUGCUGGUAGUGGAUUGGUGAUAACAUUUUUAUUUUUCUUGUGCUUGUAUUUUCCUUAACUAUUUCACAUCAUCAAUAUCCACCUAACUUAACCA